UGUGUUAGGUUGUCAAUCAGGCGCAUUGGGUAACAACAAGCCACCCACCUUUGUGCCGACAGAGAAUCACGGGAGUUGGAAGUUUCAGGGGGUGGAACGGGAGGAACAUGCGAAACUGAGGGAAGCUGAUGGGGUUUGGCUGUUUGUUAUUCGGUUAGGGAGGGAGAGUGCGGCGGUACAUGUGUGAUGGUCAGCGAGGUGGCCUUCAUGUGAGUGUGUGUCGCUCGGAGUCGCUGCGGCUGGCCUGUAUUUCCGCACCGAGUACUGACACUAGCUAACUGUAGCUAACCUUAGCUAAGUGUAGCUAACUGUACCGUGUUCUGGCUGCUUAGCGCGUUAGCGCGGCACAAAGGGGAAGUGAGGCAGCAGCACUUCUCAGCGCAGGGGCUCUUUCCCCGGGUACCGUGUUGUUGGAGGUGCGGGGCUCCGUGCUCGGUGUUCACAGGGCUGCCGAUAGCCGUCUUGGGCUAAAGCCCGUCCCCGCUCCUGCGGCCGGCCCGCGAAGGAGCGCCUCAACGCCCCGGAUCGCAGGCUGUGGCGGAGUAUGCGAAGCAGGAGGCGCACGUCGCUGAGAUGAGGACAGGGGGGAAGUUGUAGGAACCUGGGCAUUACUGUGCGCUUUCGGCCGCCGUCUUGACGUGCCAGAACCGGGACGAGGAUGAAGAAGUUCUCCCGCAUGCCGAGAUCCGAGAGCGGCGGGCCAGGCGGGGGCUGCGGCUCGGGCUCCUCUUCGGGGGUCUCCAGCUACAUCGGAAGGGUGUUCGCCGUGGGCCGGUACCAGGUCACCGUGGAGGAGCUCAUCGCGGAAGGUGGAUUUUCCGUAGUUUUUCUUGCUCGAACUCAUAGUGGAGUUCGAUGUGCCCUGAAGAGGAUGUACGUAAAUAAUGUGGCGGACCUCAGCGUCUACAAGAGGGAGAUCACGAUCAUGAAAGAGCUUUUGGAUCACAAGAAUAUUGUACGCUACUUGGAUUCUGCCAUUAAUGCUGUGGCAGAGAGUGUCUGGGAGGUCCUGAUUCUCAUGGAGUACUGCAGAGCUGGUCAGGUGGUUAAACAGAUGAACCAGCGUCUUCAAACAGGCUUCAGUGAGGCAGAAGUCUUGGCCAUCUUUUGUGAUACCUGUGAGGCCGUUGCCAGGUUACAUCAGUGCAAGACCCCAAUCAUUCAUCGAGAUCUAAAGGUGGAGAACAUCCUCCUGAAUGACCAGGGGCACUACGUUCUGUGCGACUUCGGAAGUGCCACACACAGAGUGCUCCAUCCUCAUAAAGAUGGAGUGAAUGCAGUAGAAGAUGAAAUAAAAAAGUACACCACCCUCUCGUACCGAGCCCCUGAGAUGGUUAAUCUGUAUGGAGGGAAGCCCAUUACCACCAAGGCUGAUAUAUGGGCACUUGGAUGCUUGUUGUACAAGCUUUGUUUCUUCUCACUUCCAUUUGGGGAGAGCCAGGUUGCCAUGUCUGAUGGGAACUUCAUUAUUCCAGAUAACUCCAGAUUCUCCUUUAAGCUGCACUGCUUAAUCAGAUACAUGCUUGAGCCAGAUGUGGAGAAGAGACCUGACAUCUACCAGGUUUCCUACUUUGCCUUCAAGUUGGCUGGAAAAGAGUGUCCCGUGCCAAACCUCUUUAACUCUUCCCUGCCGACGUCCCUCCCAGAGCCUCUUACUGCCAGUGAGGUGGCUGCUAAGAAGAGUUUGACGAAGGCCAGAAUAACGGACUCGGUUGGACCAACAGAAACCUCAAUUGCCCCAAGACAGAGACCAAAGGCUGCAAAUGCCAAUGUCGUGUCCAUUCACAAUACUGUUACUCCUGUGAAAAUGACGGUUCCUACUGGACCAGUGAGCAAUGGACAGAAAGUGCCGGGCCCGGGGAACGGACAGUCUGCUUUGCAGACUUCCUCAAGCAGCCAGCAGCACCGCAUCCUGCAGCAGCUGCAGCCUGGAGACCUGCGACUGCAGCAGUUUCAAAAACAGCAGCAGCAACAGCAACAGCAACAUCAGCAGCAGCAUCAGCAGCAACCAAAUCAGCAGCAGCUUAUCUACCUACAGCAGUACCACCAGGCCCUCCAGAUGCGUCAGCAGCCGCACAUGCUCAGCCAGCAGAUGGCAAUGCAGCCUGUGUAUCAGCAGCAGGCCCAGUACGCGGCCAUGAUGCACCAGUAUCAGCAGGCCUUUGCACAGCAGCAGCAACACCAACAUCCCAAUCAUCAGCAGGUCCCCUAUCACACCUCCCCGUUGGAAUUCCAGGCUUCCCACACGAACUUUAGCCCUUCUGGGUUGGGUUGCAUGGGGCCUGUCGCUGUGGAACCUUCAUUCACUAACACCAGAAACCCCUCCGUGAGUUCAGAGGUGGUUACCCCUCCCCCACAGAGCAUCAGUAAUCCCCCUGAUAUGUCAGGAUGGAAUCCCUUCGGAGAAGACAACUUCUCCAAGAUGACUGAAGAGGACCUGCUGGACAGAGAGUUUGACCUCCUGAGAGCGAAAAAGCCCACGGAGGGAGCAGCCAGUGUAGACCUCAGCGUAGGGAAGCAGCUGCCCUCAGAGCCUCUGCAGGAUGACCUUUUUGGCUCUGUACCUUUUCUGUCCAGCCCAGAUGCCAGUACGAAGACCCCAGAGCAGCCCACGCCGGAGCCUCAUCCCGCUGCUGAAGACCAACCGGCGAAAGAGUGCAAAUCCAACAAGAGAAGCGCCUCUUCUGGCCUGCAGUGCAGAGCAGGAGAGGAGUCAGACAGCGACUUUGAAUCAGAUCCUCCGUCUCCAAAGAGCAGCGAGGAGGAGGAGAUUGAGGAAGACGAAGGGCUGAACAGUGAGCAUGGGGAGUUCAACGACUACACAGAAUGCGAGAACCUCGGGCAGCGCCCCCUGCUCAUGGAUUCUGACGAGGAGGAUGAAGAAAAGCACAGCUCCGAUUCUGACGACGACCAGAAGAAGGGCAAAGCGCUGGCAAGGAGCCCAGCAGAGCGAAAAGCAGCGAGUACAGCGGAGGGAGCCGCCAGGGCGGAGUCCGGCUCCAGUCUGAUCACGCCCCCUGAGUCGCCCGUCGUGAGCACGAAGGAUGUCUUCGGAGCAGUGCCUUUCCUCGACAGUGAACAGGCCAAACCCGAAGCUGAAAGUGGUGACAUUUUCGCCAAGGCCCCAUUCAGACAGGCCAGCCAGGAGCAGAUUAUGGAUGAAUUUGAUGUAUUUACCAAAGCCCCAUUCAAUAGAAACUUGUCCAGAACAAACAAGAGCAUUGACGCUCCAAUAGGACAAACGCCCCCUGUGUCCCCCGACAGUGUGGACGUGUUCGGCUCCUCUCCUUUCCAGCCUGGCCAUUCACUGCCACUUUCUGCGACCACAGAGGAUGUCUUUGGCCAGGUCCCCUUCGAAGAGAGCGGCAGCCAACAACAAAAGAUAAAGCAGCGUAGCCUUCAGAAGCUCUCUUCGAGGCAGAGACGUACGAAACAGGAGACCAGCAAUAGCAAUGGUAAGCGUCACCACGGGACCCCCACCAGCGGCAGGAAGACGGGCAAGCCCAGUUUCCGUACGCCGGAACGUGUCCGGCGACACAAGCGAGUGGGCAGGAGAGACUCUCAGAGCAGCAACGAGUUCCUCAGCGCCUCUGACUCCAAGGAGAACAUCAGCGUCAGCGUUGGGGAUGUCAAAGACAAGGGAACACCCUUGCCGGCUGAGGAGGUCACUCUGGACCCAUUUGGUGCCAAACCUUUUCAUCCACAAGACACUGGCUGGCACACUCAGCAUCAAGGGGACAUCGGCUGCUCUAAUGGGAGACCUCGAGCCACAUCUUUGCAGAGCACGUUCAGUGACGGGAAUAAAAUGGAUGACUUUGGGGCCGUGCCGUUCACAGAGAUGGUCCACGGCGUAACGCAGCAGUCGGCGCAGGUGGAGCUGGAUCCUUUUGGUGCCGCUCCUUUCCCCUCGAAACCUUGACCGUCUUCCAGCAUCCAGCAUUGUGAUGAGAGAAGAUCCACACAGUCCUUGGAUUGAAUCCCCACUGAUCUGCUGCCAACCUGGGGAUACGUGUUCAGUCCAAUCUUCAAAGCUUACUUUUAUAUGUAAUAUAUAUAUUUUAAUAAAGAAGUGGUCUUUGGACCAUGUUGGGGAGGAAUGAUCUUUUUUAGAAUUUAUCUGCAUUACCUUCAGCCUGCUUCUGUUCGCUAAGAAGCCUUUUUACGUGACAUAAUUGUUCUAAAAUCUACCCGUCGGGACUUUUUUUAAAAUAGGAAUUAUUGUUCGAUUGACUUGACCAUACUGUGAUAAACGCGCCUCAUUGACUGCUUGAGUUGCUGCAAAGCUUCACAUAGACUGCGGCUUCUUCUGCAGGCGAACAAUAAGACGUCGACACCGCAAAGCCUUAUGGGGGGGGGGGGGGAGGCAUGGCACAGCACCGUACCUCAACCAUGAAGCAAAGCCUGGCACCGUGUCGGGGCUCAAACACCUAAUGUAAGCCUUUAAAACUCUCUCACCUGGUCUCAAUUUACAUUUCCUUGCAUUUCUGUGUUUUUAGUUUCAGUUUCCUGAAUACAUAUAGCAGUUGUAAUUUUUUUUUCUUUUUUGGAUUAUUAAAAUAAAAAGGGACUUCUUUUUUAAUUUUUGAGCUGUCAUCAGUUACAUUUUAGUAUUGAAUCUAACUAAUUCUAAUACCAUCAGACACUUUGUGUUCGGAUACUUUUAAAUAAAAUUUUGCUGUGUUUUUGUAGACAAAUUCACAAUAUCCUUACACAUGGAAUAUAAUGUGAUUGUUUUUUGUGUAGCAAUAUAUAAAUGAUAUCCUUGCAGUUUAAGGGGAUGAACAACCUCUCUGUCUCCUUUGCUGAUGUUGAUAAAAUCAAUAUUUACAGCUACUGACCAUUUGUAUGGAAAGUGAGGUUUUGUAGGAAAUAGCCCUUUGUGAAAUGACAGCAGGUUGAAGUUGCUCCAUACAAAUUAAGUGCACUUUCCACAGUCUCACUUUCAUGGGAGCUCACUUGAAAGGGAGUGAAUAAAAAUUGAGUUUUGGGAAUAUAAGUGGGAUUUGCCAGUGGUGAAGUAUUUACCCACAUUAAUCCUGACUAAUAUGACAGUGUGUUUUUUUUCCCUCCUUUUAGUUUCUUGAUCCAUAUUGAUUUGUUUGAAAUUGAAGAAAUAAACUUAUGCAUUUUACAAUUUUUAAGUUUGAUCAAACAUCUGUUUGUUGUCUAAGAAUCCAAUAAAUCAGUUGGACUAAUGAA